GCGCCGAAGAAGCCAGGAGCGCCACGCAUGCGCUUAUGGAGUGAGGAGUUGGAGCUGCGAAGCUGGGGAGGGUUGACUAAGAAGAGGCUCUUGGGGCGAAGCUGGUUUCCCCUCUCCUUCCCCCCUCCCUCCCUCCCUCCUGAAAAAGCGGGCGGGGAGCGAGAGAGAUGUAGGAGGCCUCGGAGAAUUCCACGCUCCUUUUAUGCAGGGGCAAAGGCAGCCGCUUCCUACAGGCUGGAGCUCAAGGUUGUGUGCCUGGUUAUCUACCCACUCUUCAUCUAAUAUUCACAACAACCCUGUGGGGUGCCAUCUGCUGGCUGCCAGCAUGCCUACCCUGGAACCUGAGCAACUGACCAUCAGAGAAAUGAGAGAGGAGGAGACACCAAUUGUCUUGGAGCUUCUGAAGGAUGGAUUCAAGGAUACAGAGAACCGCCUGAUCCUCUAUGUGCUGACGCGGCCUCUGGCUUUGCUGCUGAUGGCGGUGGUGAGCAGCGGCCUGCGUUUCUUCCUGAACUCGUUUGUGGUGGCUCUCGUGCUGCCGGUCCUGCUCACCGUGGUGGCUCUGAAGCUUCUGCUGUGGCGCUCGCCGGACUUGAGGCACCUGCAUGCCUACUACAGCACAGGGCAGCGCGGGCUGUGGGUGGCUGUCUACGACGAGGACGAUGUGUGCGGCUGCGUGGCUCUGGAGCCCUGCGGCGGGGAACCACGCACGGCGGAGCUGAAGCGCCUGGCUGUGAACCGGUGGUACCGGCGCUCUGGUGUGGGCCGCUCCCUCCUCAGCUUCCUGGAGGCUCACGCUCGCGCCCAGGGCUUCAAAUUCUUAGUGGCCCAGGUCUCGGUAGUCACCAAGGCGGCGAUUGGGCUCUUUGAGAGCACUGGCUACAACAUGAGUGGUGGGCGGCGGUGGCUGGGCUACACCAUUCAGCAGGAGUUCAGCAAGGAGCUCUAGUUGGUCUGCCUGCCAGUUAGCCACUAGUCUUCAGGAAUCCCUGCCCGCCCCCUAAAUGUGGGGAAAGCACCGAGCGCCAGAAGCAAGACUGCAGGGAACAAGUCAUCUCUUAAGCCCACAAACAGGGCAGUUCCUCUCAACAAAAGUGGCUUUCUCUGCCUGGAAAAUCAGACACUGUAGCCAUGAACACAGAGCUAAUCAGGGGAAAGGGUUGUCCAUUAAGAGCCUUCUCCCCGGUCUGCCACGUCACUCAGGCUCCCUGUCAUUUAGAGUUUUCUACCAAAGCCACCCCAGGUUAUCUGUCCAUAGUUUUGAAGAGUGGAAAUAACCAAUAGUUAGUUGUUGUCCCCCACCCCAUGCCCUGCCUCUGGUCAGACUCUACACCAAACACAUUCAAAUCUUACACCAGGGUGAACCUCAAAUUCUAGGACUUGCAUAAAUACUGCAUAUCAAGCAAACCUGGAUUUAGUGCAGUUGGUGUGAAUGGCAUUUUACAGAAUAUGAGAGGGCAGGGCUCUAUGCCAAGGAGCUUUAUUUAUUUAUUUGCUAUGUUUUAUUUAAUAAUAAUGAUAAUUUUAUUAUUUAUACCCCAUCCAUCUGGCUGGGUUGCUGUAUAGCCUUGCCCUAUUCUACUGUCUUUUUGUGCAUUUGGAACUUCAUGGGGAGGAAUGCUUUUUUUGUGUGGGUGAGUGGGUGGGUGGUGGUGCAUAUUUUAGGAAUAUGCACAGGUGUGUGUGGACAACUUUUCUGCUUGCUCCAAAUCUCCCCCUCCCUCCCAAGCUGCUUUUCCUUAAAAAAAAUCUGCUGGGGUUCUGUUACACUCAUUUCCAUGCAACAUGCAGUUUGACUUACAAGAUGGCAAAUGGCACUUUGUUCUCUGUUGGAUUUGUACAGCUGUCAAACUAGGUAGAUUCGAGGAUGGUCUAGAGGUUUAUAGGUCAAGGCUGAUCCUGUCAACUGUGUCUCUAUACGCACAUGGGUGGAUUUUUUUAAUGGUAUCAUUGCAGCUGACAGGGACUUUGCCUCUAUGGAGCCUUUCAGCUUCCUCCUGAGUCCCGGGACUUGGGGUCUGAAGAGAGAGAACCUCUUCCAUGUGGCUUCUGGAUCCCAGUUCCUCCAGAGGCUGAAGCAAUUGAUAAAACUGUGGAUUGGUUGUGGGAUGGGUGGGAAUCACAUUUCCAGCUCCCAGCUUCCAAUUCAAGUCAGCCUGGGCUUGCAGCAUCUCUGUGUGUUCACCCCACUCCCCAAGAGGACACAGCAGACUGGAGACUCUAUGAUAAGGCGAUUCAGGGAAAUUUAUGAUAACACUAUAGAUAAAUAUGUCUUGCUAACGGCCUGUGAUUAUGAGUGGGAAGAAGUGGCUGGACCCAGGGGUGUAGUUCAUAAUACAGAAAUGCACCCUGCAACCCUCUGGAAUGAAUCCCUGUUGGUGGGGUCUGGGUUACCUGGUAUUGGGUGUAGAGGAGAUAUUUUGCUUUCAUUAUAAGUGCUCUCAAUAUGAGCCAUUUCCUUUUCCCCACAGGAGCGAUCCCUAAAGGAGGAACAGGGAGCAAUGGCUCAUUUCUUUUUAGCAGGAUGAUGAUGAUUUCAGCUGGAAAUCACCUUCCUUGGAAAAGUUGGGCCAUUGGAUGAGGGGAAAAAAAUCUCCACUACCCCCCACCCCACCCUCACAAAUAAAAAGCUUGCCUACCCUAGUGUGUCUAGGGGAAAUGUAUUUUCCCAAAGUGGAUGAAAACUGGGAAAUGGGCUUGGAAGUGUGAGGGUGAUAAAACAUGUCCACAAAGAUUAGAUCUUUAUAUGUGGAGAAUCCAGAGGGGAAAACUUGUGAUACAGAGAGUUGUUCCACCAAAGGUCAAAUGGCUUCCCCAGGUUUAUGUAAUUUAAAAUGGGGGUAGAUGUUCCUCCAUUUAAGAAAUGAAUGUUGGGUAGGGAGAGGGAGGAAUCCAAAUGGGUGGUGAUUUGGAGAGGGUUUCAAAACACUGGAAAGGAAUGACUUUUUGUAUGUGUGUAUAAAUAAAUAUUUAGAUGGUUUUAAUUAAAUAGUUUUAAUGACUUGGCAGUUCAGUUACACUCUGUGUGUAAACCUCAUUGGCAGAUGAAGGUUAAGAUUAGAAAUUAAUUAAAUGCACAUUUUAAAACAA